UUUCUUCUUCUUCUUCUUCUCCUUUUCUCUCCAUAUUUUAUGUAUAAACUGUAUGUGCACAUAUUUUAUAUAUAUGCUUGCAAGUAUUAUUACUCGUACUCGACUCAACAGCUAACUUGUCUUGUCAGCCAUUUAUUACAACGUUCCAAAAAGCGGCUCUUUCACACUUCUACACUAUAUAAAAUCCUUCACUUGUUUUCUGUCUCCACCACCACCCCCCAACUUCUCUUCUUUCUUUCUCACUUAUACAAGUAGUCUCUCUCUCUCUCUCUCUCUCUCUGUGUCUCUCUCUACUGUUCGAUCCCUCCCUCGCUCAGCCAGACACAUAUAUACAUGGAGAAUAUAAAGAGGGAAUUCAGGAAGGCGUGUUCUAACAAGUGGAGGAAAACGGGGAGUAGAGUGAUACCUUGUGCAGGAUGUGAACACUGUUGUCAGUGGGGUUUGUGGACUUCAUUGCAAGAAGGGAAAUCAAUCCCAAGAGAUGUGCCCAAAGGUCAUUUAGUAGUGUAUGUAGGGGAAAACUGCAAAAGAUUUGUAAUCAAGAUAAGCUUACUUGGGCAUCCGCUCUUCAGGGCGUUGCUAGAUCAAGCUAAAGAUGAGUAUGACUACACUGCUGACUCUAAACUCUGUAUUCCUUGCGACGAGAGCAUUUUCUUGGACGUUGUUCGAUGUGCUAGCUCUCCACAAAGUGGAAAGACCUGCCUGUGGCUUUAGAGAAUUCAAUUCAAUAGAUACCCUCCCGAGAAAUUAAGCUGAUUGAUUGAUUGAAUGUCGUUUCUUGAGGCUUAAGCUAAUGCUAAAGGAGUAACCCCAUUGUGUAAUGUACACUAAGUCGUAACUGUAACAUAAAAUUAAGAUUUUCUUCCUGAUCAUAAUUGUAAUUCAACUUGAGAAUGGUAAGUUUUUCUUCUGCUCUA